CCCCAGUACCACAUCCAACGGCUCCGGUCCCAAUUCCUUCCACCUCUUCUUCUCAACUCUUCCGAGUGCUUCCCGCCUCGCCACUCCUCCAUUCCAAGAAAUCCACAGCACAUUGACAAAUUCAUAGUUCAUCCCAUCACGCGGCCUCUCCUCCAAAUUAUAUUCAUCCACGUACGACCAUGCCGGUCCCCAUCUCCCUUCCAUCCCGUUCGGCACAAAGCCCUCCGAUAUUGCAAUCAACUGCACAAAAUCAGUCUCUUUUCGAGCUUCGAGACCAUUCGUGUUGAGGUAGUCUAAUGAAGGUAGCCUGAGCAUGCCAAUCCAUCGCCCUUCUGCAUCGCUCAGCGAUAUACGAGCGAUCUCACCAUCUUUUUCGUGGGAGGCUGGAACGAUCGAAACAUCGCCGAGGAAGAAUGCAUGCGCUGUAUCCACUUUCGCACACAGAUACGGCUGAUCUGCGUCUACCCGUGGCACGCCUUGCGGGUCGUCGAGUGGCAACGGAUACCAGAACGUCGGAACAGAGUUUUUUUUCGCUGCGUAUACGUAUUUGCCAAAUCCGUCAGGAGCGUCUGAGGAAGUGAGUACCUCGUCUUUUCUCUUCCGCCAUUUGAUCCAACCACUCGGUAGUUUCACGUUGGGGUCCAUAUACCGCUUGCGCCAAUCGAGCCACAGAGAAUCUAGCUUGCGCCGCUCAGAUCCAUCGCCGUUUGCGGAAGUAUACCACGUUGUCCCUUUUCUGAUUUGGCAUUUACUCAGACCUAUCCAACCACUGCAUGCGGCUACGAAUUCGUUGGCUACUUCCCAUCCGGCGAGGUCUAACUCGCCUUGCCAUCCUACCCACGACCAGCUAGGCAGACAGAAACCUGUAUUUUGAUCGAGAGAUUUGUUUUUGUUGACUUGUGGUACUCUUCGCACUAAGUUGCCACCCGGCUGCCACAGUAGCAUUGCGUCGAUGAACAUUUCCGGUAGCCCACAUACAAAUCCACCGGUAAAAACUUUGGCGUAACAUGGCGUAACGCCCGAGAACGCCAGUAAGCAGUCUUGAGGGAAGGAUAGGUGUCGCUGAUUGAAAUCAUGUAUGACACGAGAAAGGACUGUUAUGGAUGGGUAACCAACGUCUAAGAUCCAAUCUCGUUGAUCAUCUGGUUGCCCGGAUAUCGAGCGAUCUUCAAAGUUUGCUGACGAGCAGCAUUGAAACCAGACGCUGUCAUUCUCGAAACAGAUACAGCGGCGGGAGAAGAAGUGCUCUUGGAACGUCCAUCCUCGAGCAUGGUAUGAUGCUAUAGAUUGUUCGAUGGGCUUGGUGGCCGCCCGGAUCUUCGCCGCGCGGCCAUUGCCAUGCCGGAUAACAAAUUUCUUCUUGCCAAAUGGGAUUAUUUCCUGCUGCAUUUGGCGGGGCUGCGCAAUCGGUGCACUCUUUAACCCACGCAGGCCGUAGUUGGCGUCUGUCCCGUCCAUACCGGUACAUCGCAUGCUGAACCGUUCUUGGGACAUUCUGUAGCGUUUCUCGAUCCAUGAGAGCUCCUUUCUCUUGCAGACGCGAGAUAUUCGCCUUUGUUGAUCUGAGCAUCGCUGUCUGGCCCCAUAUGUAGCUCAAAGCGGCGUAUGAUGCCUGCCAAGGUGCUUCUACAACACAGUUGUCCUCAACAUCGAUGAAGUACGUGGGCUUAGAUCGUGGAAGUAGGUCAAGAUACUUCGGGGUACUGCAUUUAUCUCCGUGUUCUCUUAGACAGUUCUCAUACCAUCCAAUCACUGCCUUCUCGUUGAUCCACGACGGAUCCAACUCCACACCCAAUCCAUCGCCUCCGAGAAUGUCCAUGUCGGGAGUGCUGUCGGUAUAAUACGGAAAUUGGCCGCCUUCUCGUAUGACGUGAAAAAUGGAUUGAAAAUCAAACUCUUCCCGGUACAUAUAAAGCAGCUCCUGGUGUUGCUUGCACUCAGAGGUGAGCACCUCUUCAACGGUCCCGAUCUUGAACGUUGUGUAACCUUUGAUAUCGGCAACCUUCAUUUCGGCCACAUAUAAUAUCUUCCUGCAGUAUGUGCACUCGCCGGGGACAUGUCGUAAGAUUCUGGAGGGGAAUCGCCUCUCUGUUGGUUCCUUCGCGGGCUUCAAUCGUGAUAAGACUGCUCUUGCGAGGGAGGCGAUGUGAUUCAUGCUUCUUGCAGGUACACGAAAUCUCAGAUGAUAGUACAGAGUUCUGUUUCCAUUUCUCGUCUCAGCCCGUCCGA